AUGGAUCAAUCGUCGCCCACCACUCGCCCGCGGACGACCUCUCGCGCCUUCAGUCACAAGUCCGACCACAGUCGCAGCAGCAAGCAUGAGGUCUUGGUCGAUAACCCUGCCGAGAAGCAGCGCCGCGAUAGCUUCUGGAAGGGCGGGUCCAAGGCGAACCCAAAUGCUGCUAUGAAUGAGGCCCAGCCCGGAGGUGCGUUUUCCUUUCUCUCCAUCUUCGCCUUUCCCGUAACUCCGGCUGACCCCAACAAAGAUGCCGCCGUCAUGGAGAAGGCCACCAUGGAGUCGCUCCGCAACGUCCAACACAAAGAUAGUAAUGGUAAUGUAAUCACUGAACCCGACCUUUCCAACCCGACCCGCCCUCGCUGGGAAAGACCUCUCGACACCAUCAGAUCUUUUGAAAGAGCUAUCGAUGGCGGAUAUAAGCGCCGCUCCGUUAGUAGAUCUGAGAGCUACACCUACACCAACCACGAUCAAAGUCGCAGAAGCAGCUACUACGGUGGUAACAACUACGACUCUGGCCGCUAUGAGAAUGGUUCGCAAUACGCCGGCGGACACUAUGCAUCGCGUCGUCCCGACGGCCACUCUGAUAUCGGUGUGGGACCUGGAGCACCUCCUUCCCGCAAUCGCUACGCACAGCGUAUGAACGCCAGCCGCUCUAACAGCGCAUACGGCUUCUAUCCUCAACAUAGUUACAACGAUUCGUACGAUACUGGUGCAGCCAACCACAGUGACAGCACUGGACCCUGGAACAACUCGACAGACCCCAGCAGCGAGAACAGCUCUCUCGACCGUGCCAAUGGCGUUCCUAAGCAGACCGAUCCGUACGGAUACGACAUCUACAACGGCCCUCCGAUCAUGGAGGAGUAUGCUAGCGACUCUGACGGCGGUUAUGGGAUGUCUCACGGCAACAGAACUGGACACGCUGGCGGAAACCCAUCAGCCCCUACACAAUCGCAGGCUCCACCUGUUCGCGCACCCAUUAAGCUUGGUGGUGCCGAGGGUGCGUCCAACUUUUCUUCUCAAGGUGGACAUCUGCCGCCCGCCACUCGCCCCACUCCCGUAAAAGAGGAGAAGAAGAAGGGUUUCUUCAAGAAGCGAUUCAGCAAGGGUUAA